AUGAAGAAAAUCAAAGGGAAAGCAAGUAUCAAGACUGAAAAGGAGUUUGUGUUUGAGUUCAAGGCUGGCAAACAGAACGGUGUUCUCAAAGUACCUCUGCAGUUCCCCAUUCAGGAGAAUAUCAACGACCUUCAUGGACGCCUCAUGCUGCUUCAUAAAAUACCCUGCUACAAAGAAAACGAACUAAAAGUGUUGCUGUCUGACUUCAUUGAGAAAGAGACGAUUUUGGAUUAUGACAGAGAGGCAGAACUGGCACUACAAAGACUGACAAUGGGACAUGUAGAUGUAAAUCAGCUCGCCAAUGCGUGGACCAGGGCCUAUGUAGAGACAACGCUAGAGCACGCGCGACCCGAAGAGCCCAGCUGGGAUGACGACUUUGCAGAUGUUUACCAUGAGUUAAUCCAUUCUCCUGCCUCAGAUACACUUCUCAACUUGGAGCACAAUUACUUUGUCCGUAUCUCUGAGCUCAUCAGUGAGCGAGACAUGGAGAUUAAGAAGAUACAAGAGAGACAAGCAGCAGAAAUGGACAAAGUAAUGCAUGAGUUGGGCAAUACACUAAGCGACCAUGACGUGAACGCAGUAGCUUCCCAGCACUUUGAUGCACAGCAGGUACUGGAAAACAAGUGGGUCACUGAACUCAAGCAAGUGACUUUUAUUCAAAAGCAAGAAUAUCAAGAGUGGGUCAUCAAACUGCACCAGGACCUACAGAAAUCCAACAGCAGCCAAAUUAAUGAGGAGAUUAAGGUGCAAUCUAGCCAGCUGUCAGAACCCUCAGAUUCAGCAGGCAGGAUGUUUGAGGAGCCGCCUCAACUAGAAGAAAGUUUUACUAUUCAUUUAGGAGCACAAUUGAAGACGAUGCAUAACUUGCGACUGGUCCGGGCAGAUGUUUUGGACUUUUGUAAGCACAGACGUCACGGCAGCAGUGGAGCAAAGCUGCGGCGCCUCCAAACGGCCCUGUCACUCUAUUCCUCAUCACUUUGUGGUCUGGUACUAUUGGUUGAUAACAGGGUCAACUCCUACAGUGGAAUCAAGAGAGAUUUUGCAACUGUGGCCAAGGAGUGCACAGACUUUCACUUUCUUGGCCUGGAGGAGCAGCUGGAGGAGGUGCAGCAGGUUGUGCUUUAUGCCAGAGCCCAGCGGAGCAGCAAGCAAAAAGAACAACUUGAACUCCCUAUGAAUGGAAGUGAUGAUAAAAAUAAAACUGUAGAAAGAAACCCUUCAAAUAUCUUACCAGGUGAGUUCUACGUCUCGCGACACUCCAACCUGUCCGAGGUCCACAUUGUCUUCCACCUGUGCGUGGACGAUAACGUGCGCUCGGGAAACAUCACAGCGAGGGACCCGGCCAUCAUGGGCCUGAGGAACAUUCUAAAGGUCUGCUGCACACAUGACGUCACCACCAUCACCAUCCCACUGCUGCUGGUUCAUGACAUGUCAGAGGAAAUGACCAUACCUUGGUGUUUGAAGAGAGCUGAGCUGGUCUUCAAAUGUGUGAAAGGUUUCAUGAUGGAAAUGGCCUCAUGGGAUGGAGGUGUUUCACGCACGGUGCAGUUCCUCGUGCCAAAGAGUAUUUCAGAGGAAAUGUUCUACCAAUUGAGCAACAUGCUGCCUCAGAUCUUCCGCGUCUCCUCCACCUUAACGCUCACGUCGAAGACCUAA